AUGUCGAGGCCCUCGAGGCCGUAUCGCCCUCGACCACCAUCAGCGUACUCUCCUUCGGCAGCCCCAUCGUUCGUUUCCCAUGCAUCGCGCCCAUCGCUGUCGCGGUCCUCGUACCCGUCCUUCCUCUCUCUCUAUGAAACGGCCCGCGUGCAGCUCGCGUGUGCUGCACAAGGCCUUCUCGACGCAUUCCGCUGGGAUAUCGUAGUUCGCCUCGUUGCAAGCGACGCCGAGAUCCGCGCAAACGUGUCCAAGUCCAUGCUCCUCAAUUCCAUAUCGCUCGCAUCUAUCUAUGUAUUUGAGCUCCUCCUCUUCCCCCUGGCCCGAGACCAGCGGAAAUGGCUACACCGGAACGUCGGCUGGGCGUACCAAGUGCUCUGGCUGCUUCCGGUCGUCGGCGUGUCGUUGUACCUCAAUAGUACGUUCUGCACGCUGAUCGCGAAGCGCACCUUCGUGUUGCAGCAUGGAUCGCGUGCCGCCGCCGCCGCCGCCGCAACAUACACCGGCAUGUUGAACGCACUCGCGACAUCGGCAUACGGCGCCAUCAUGGUCGUUACAUCGCUCGUUGUCUCGUUCGCGCUGGGGUACAUCCCCGUCCUCGGCCCGUGGCUCGGGUUUACGUUCGCGUGCUGGGUCGAUGCAUAUUAUUGCUUCGAUUUCGUCUGGAUCGCCCGCGGGCUCUCGCUUUCUCGGAGGAUUCGACAUCUGGAGGAACGCUGGGCCUAUUAUUUCGCCUUCGGUCUGCCUAUCGCUGCGCUUUGCAUGUGGGGCGGCAGCCUCGCGAAUGCAGCAUUGUUCGCUCUCCUAUGGCCUUCAUUCAUCAUCAUGGCGAUGCACGCUCGCCCGGUUCCUCUCGACCCCUUUAACCCCGCAUGGCCGCGCGCGCACGGCGAGCAGGAAGCCGAGAUUCGGCACCCGUCGCCGUUCGUGCCCAUCCGGCUGCCGAUCUUUGCGCCUGUGCUGUGGUUAAACGACGGGAUCGCACGCGCUCUCAGCGUCGGUGGUGGGGCAGGUGCCAGACACAGGCGAGUGUCGAGUGACAGUGCAGAGAGUGUCGAGGAGGGCGCGGCAGUGCAGAUGGGUAUGGUCGGUGGUGCGCCAGUUGGGUCUGUAAGGACGCGGACGCGCGUGGGGAGUGGGGCAUAUGCCCCUAGCAGACGGAAGUUUGAUUGA